AUGUCGAGACCCUCGGCGGCAACGAAGCUUAGAUUGGGCGAGUCCACGCACAGAAAGCUCGGGCGUGCUUUCGCCAUCGCCAACUUCCUCAAGCUCAUGCUACUCCAGUCGCACCCCAACGCCGGCUUUGACUACGCCAUAUGCGGAACGCUUCUCGCUGUUUCCGGCUCAAAGCUCCUCUUCCGUCUCAUCGCAGCCACAGUACAGCCCAUCUCGGGUGCCACCAAUUCGAGCAAUGCGAUCGCAAACGAUAUCCACGGGCGUAAAGUCUCCUGCUCCUUCAGUCUUGAAGAGUCCCUCCGGUGCAGGGGCGCUGAUGACACGGUCGUCCAGCCGUGCGCAGCCUCGGAAGUUCAGUACCACAACGCAUCUUCAGACACCACCGCUGAUGACCACAUAUGA